CGUCGUCGUCGUCGACGUCGUUCGUCGACGUAGUAGUCGUCGUACUACUCCACGUCGUCUUCGUCGCCGUCUCCACCAUCGCCAUCGUCAUCGACGCCGCCGCCGCCGUAAGCCGCCGCCAAAGCGGCCACCGUCGCCGUUGCCGCUGCUUCGACGGUCGCUGAGACGUUCCCUCCGUUCUCCGCCUAUCGCCCGUAAUCGUGGUGUAGUGUCACGCGCGGAGAGACUCGCUCGCUCCGAGCCGUGGUCGGACUCCGGUAUCUGUCAAAGAGGAGUCGUCGCCAUCUAAAAUCGGUCAUCGUCGCCACCGUCACCGCCACCGCCACCGCCACCGCCACCGCCACCGCCACCGCCACCGCAGCCGCUGCUGCUGCUCAUCGUCGUCAUCGUGCGGCUCGCGCGUGGUCCAGCAAUCCCGAAGCGAGCCCGCGAGCUCGCCAGAGCACCCGACUGGAAUCAUCUCCCCUCUCUUCCCCUCUCUCUCCGUUUUCCCGCUCCGCUCGUCGAUACUCGCGUGCACCCGCGAGUGCACGGUCGCGCCUACCCUCUCCCUCCCCUUCCUCCCCUGGGGUGCGAGAAGGGGACCGCCCUGAGAAGGAGGCCGAGGGAGAAUAGAGAUCUCUGCCUGAGAGAGAGAGAGAGAGAGAGAGAGAGAGAGAGAGAGAGAGAGAGAGAAAAAGAGUGAGUGUGUGUGCGUGGGUGUGCGCGCGUGUGGUGUGUAUAUGUGCGUGCGUGCGUGCGUGCGUGUGUGUGUGCGUGGGGCCGUCUCUCCCCUUCGUCCCCCUUUCCCGGUCGCAUCGUAAAGAACGCCCGUGAACAGUUCCUAGGCACCGAUGUGCCGCGCUGUGCGAUAACUUCCGUCACCUCUCCGCCAUCCUCCCUCCCUCCCUCUCCCCGCCCGCCCGUCCGUCCGACCGACCGACCGACCGACCGACCGACCAACCGACCGACCCCCGCCGUCCGCGCGCGCGUCCGUUCUCUUUCCCUCCCGGCGGCGUAUUUCCGUGCGCGCGCGUGCGUGCGUGUGUGUGUGUGUGUGUGUGUGUGUGUGUGUGUGUGUGUGUGUGUGUACGUACGUACGUACGUACAUGUGUGUGUGUGGCGGCCGCGCCGCGCCGCGCCGCGCCGGGCUCUCGAGGUGAAAAUACCGCCCUCUCCUUCUACCCAACCCCUCCGUACAAUACGCUGAAGGUGGCCGCUAUCUCGCGCGCGAGUAACAAGAGCACGCGAGACAAGGAGCAAGAGGGAGGAAGAGGAGGAGGUGGACGACGACGCCGAAGAGGAGGAGGAGGAGGCGGAGGAGGAGAAAAACGGCGGUGCGAGAAACAAGCGGAGGAAAGCGGAAAAGAGAAAAAUACGGCGCGGGCGGAGCGUGCUGCGAGAGGACAGCGUACGGAGGAGAAGGCGAACCCGUCGCCGCCGCCGCCGCCGCUGUCAUCGUCGUCGUCGUCGACGUCGUCGCUCGUUGAGGAGCGAGAGGCGUGAAAGGAGUGAGGAGAGCGAGAGAGGAGAGAGGCGCCCACGCUCGUCGUUUAUCCUCAUACAGCAUGACCUCCAACAAUUCGCAGAAACUCCCCACGGCGGACCGAGUGAUCAAAAAUGUUCCGUUUCCACCGUCGCACAAAAUGACAGUGGCAGAAGUCUUCGACGAACGAACAGGAGCCCCGCGGCCGGAGGUCCUGAAGCAACACUUUAUCCUCGAAGGUAGGAUCGACGAGGCCGCGGCCCUUCGUAUAAUCAAUGAGGGAGCCGCCCUUCUACGCUUGGAGAGGACUAUGAUAGACAUCGAGGCUCCGGUCACCGUGUGCGGCGAUAUUCACGGACAGUUCUACGACCUGAUGAAAUUAUUCGAGGUGGGUGGUCCACCGUCCUCGACCAAGUAUCUCUUCCUCGGAGAUUAUGUUGACAGGGGUUAUUUCAGUAUCGAGUGCGUAUUGUACCUGUGGGCGCUGAAACUGUGCCAUCCCACCACACUCUUCCUCCUCAGAGGUAAUCACGAGUGCCGUCAUCUUACGGAAUACUUCACAUUUAAGCAGGAAUGUAAAAUAAAAUACUCCGAGAGGGUGUACGACGCGUGCAUGGAUGCCUUCGAUUGUUUGCCGCUCGCCGCCCUCAUGAACCAACAGUUCCUCUGCGUACACGGCGGCCUGUCGCCGGAAAUUCACAAUUUAGAAGACAUUCGCAAACUGGACAGGUUCAAAGAGCCGCCGGCGUUCGGCCCGAUGUGCGACCUCCUCUGGUCGGAUCCUCUCGAGGACUUCGGCAACGAGAAGAACGCGGAGCACUUCUCUCACAAUAGCGUCAGGGGUUGUUCAUACUUUUACAGUUACGCGGCGUGUUGCGACUUUCUGCAGAACAACAAUUUGCUCAGCAUCAUAAGGGCGCAUGAGGCUCAAGACGCCGGAUAUCGCAUGUACCGAAAGUCCCAGACGACGGGCUUCCCGUCGCUCAUCACCAUCUUCAGCGCGCCCAACUAUCUCGACGUGUACAACAACAAGGCGGCGGUUUUAAAGUACGAGAACAACGUGAUGAAUAUCAGGCAGUUCAAUUGCUCGCCACACCCGUACUGGCUGCCCAAUUUCAUGGACGUUUUCACAUGGUCCCUACCGUUUGUCGGCGAGAAAGUCACAGAAAUGUUGGUGAACGUGCUGAACAUUUGCUCGGACGACGAGCUGAUGAGCGACGGCGAUGACGCGCUCGAGGAAGAUGUCGCAGCCAAAGUCGUUGUCCAAAAAAAGAAUGGUGCAGCAGCCAAUCUACGUAAGGAAGUGAUCAGAAACAAGAUUAGAGCCAUUGGUAAAAUGGCACGGGUGUUCUCCGUCCUGAGAGAGGAGAGCGAGAGCGUGCUGCAGUUGAAGGGCUUGACACCGACUGGAGCUUUACCGCUCGGUGCAUUAUCUGGUGGCAAAACUUCUCUGAAAAACGCUCUCCAAGGCUUCUCGCCGAAUCACAAAAUUACCUCGUUCGCCGAGGCCAAGGGCUUGGAUGCCAUAAACGAAAGAAUGCCACCAAGGAAAGACGCACCGCCUACACCGGUGAACGAAGAGAAAUCCGUGACAAAGCCGCCGCCUCCUGCGGGAGACAAGCGGGACCACAACAUGCCGCAACCGCAGUCGUGAGCCCCACACUCGUCCACUCAAGAUGGCGGAUGGAUGGACGGGUCCUAAAAUCCCGGCGCUAUCGCCGCCACCACCGAACAUUUGCAAACCAUUGCUCGUCUCUCCCCUCCCCGUCUGUUAUACAACCAGUGCGCUGUUCAUCGAAAAGUCAGGAGAAACCAUUGCCGUCGCAAGGGGAAGAUCAGAAACAGACGGUCGCGAAAUGAAAGCAACUUUUCGUCGAUGCGAUUUUCAACGAGCAUCAUUAUCGGUCCCGGUGCGCGCAUAGCGGAGGAAUGCAGCAGCAGCAGCAGCAGCAGUAGUCAAGGAAAGGAGGCUGCAUGAACAUCGAGAAACGAUUCAGUCGGGCGUUUCGUGGCAGGCCUCCUCUUCUCCGAGGAUUUGCCUCCGCGUCUCUUUUUCGCGUACACUGCGCUCGCGAAUGGAGAAUGAAAACGUUAGCCUCUCUUCUGCCGAUAAGCCGCGCGCACGCGCCGACGUUCUCCGAUCUCUCCGUUGUUCACGUAAUUAUUCCUCGCUUUUCUUUCCCUAUAUCUCUCCUUCUCUCCUUAUCUUCGCUCACGUUGUCUCUUGCAAUUCCUCGCUCUUCUUUUCUUCCCCAACAUCCACGAACAUAUACAUUAUCCGCGUGUUUCUAGCAGAUUAAUCGAUCCGAUGUACAUACGCACGCGCGCGUGUACGUCAACGACAAGCGGAACAUUAAAGCGCGAUAUAUCUUGUAGAUAGAUUCGUUUACACGUCAAAUGGAUCUGAUGUUCAUACACGGGAAAGGACGACGACUUCUCCUUCCCUUUGUCUCCGUCAUUUCUCUCGUGUCUUUUCUUUCUUCGGCGCGAAAAAGCGAGAAGAGAACGGAACGAACGGCACGCGCGCGGUUAUGUCUAUCCAAUGAGAGGAAACGCAUAGACAGUGUGAAAGAGAGAGAAUGA